UUCCCUUUCAUCUUCCUAACUUCCCACUUUCCCUUUCUCUUUUGAGUUUGUCAUUCCCUUCACAUUCUUUACAACAUCAUCAUAAUUUCACGGUUGCUUUACUCAUUGAUUGUGUCUCUGUAGAUUCUGGAAAUUCCACUUAUAAUUGAAAGACUUAUAGCUUUUGGGGGAAGUUUUUGGUUCAAACUUACCCAAUUUGGUGUUGGAUUUUGAUUUUUGUUAAGAAGUUUUCGCCAUGACGACAUGGAGUGUGAUGAUGAUGAUAUGAAGAACAGGAUGGAAGAUUAUGAAGUUCUUGAGCAGAUUGGGAGGGGAGCUUUUGGAUUAGCUUUUCUUGUUUACCAUAAGAUUGAGAAGAAAAAGUAUGUACUCAAGAAAAUUCGCUUGGCUAAACAAACGGAGAAGUUCAAGCGCACUGCACACCAGGAGAUGAAUUUGAUUGCAACAUUAAAUCACCCAUACAUUGUGGACUACAAAGAUUCAUGGGUGGAUAAGGGUGAUUGUAUAUGCAUCGUAACGGGCUAUUGCGAAGGAGGAGACAUGUCCGAACUGAUCAAAAAGGCCAAAGGAACAUACUUUCCCGAGGAAAAACUUUGCAAGUGGUUGGCGCAGUUGUUACUAGCUGUGGACUACCUCCACUCGAAUCGAGUGCUCCAUAGAGAUCUUAAGUGUUCCAACAUUUUCCUUACAAAGGGCAAUGAUAUCAGGCUUGGGGACUUCGGACUUGCAAAACUACUGAAUACGGAAGAUCUUGCUUCAUCGGUUGUUGGUACUCCUAAUUACAUGUGCCCCGAGCUCCUCACAGAUAUACCUUAUGGCUACAAGUCCGAUAUAUGGUCACUUGGUUGCUGUAUGUUUGAAAUUUCUGCUCAUCAACCUGCGUUUCGAGCUCCGGACAUGGCUGGUCUUAUCAAUAAAAUUAACAGAUCCUCCAUUUCUCCUCUCCCAAUUGUUUAUUCCUCUGCGUUGAAACAGAUCAUCAAGAGCAUGCUACGGAAGAAUCCCGGACACAGACCGACGGCUGCUGAAUUAUUGAGGCAUCCACAUAUCCAACCGUAUGUCCUUCAAUGCCGCAACGCUUCGGCUAAUAUACUACCGAUAUGUCCCGACUCGAAGAAUAAAACACCGCGAAAAUCGCCAUCUAACAAGUUGAAUAGUGGGCAUGAGAGCCGAGCCAAACCGAGCGUAGUUUUCAACCUGCUGGAAAAUAUGGAUCUGGUGGCCGGAAGUGCUGACAUACAUAAUAGCAACUCGUCAACUGAAGAAAAUAUGUCGUUAACAGCUAUUUCGGAAGACAUACUCGAGACGAAGAUGGUCGAUCCUACAUCCUUUCCUGAUGAAAUAUCCACAUCAAAUGCUGUUGAUACUGAUGCGCAAACGAGUUCAGCGUCUGUGACAUCGACUUGCAAUGGUGGAAAUAGCAUCCGGUGUACGAAUUCUUCGCAGAAAGAACCUCGAUUGGAGGACGUACCGAAAACAAGUUGCAACGAACCGGGAACGAAGGCUGAGGAAACUAGUGAAGGGAACCCAAUGGAAUCAUCGAUAUCCUCCAUACGCAGUGCUGAAAAGUCCGGAUCUUCCGAUGAUAAACGCUUCAAUGUCGAACCGAGAAGCUGCUUGAACCAGGAGAGAGUUGCUCGUAGUACACUAACAGAAGAAACACAUGCAGAUUGUAUCCUGUCGGAAUCCGAAUAUCCAAGCCAGAGAAGAGCCGAUGCGCUGGAGUCUCUACUCGAGCUAUGUGCACGGUUACUCAAGCAAGACAAGCUCGAAGAACUUGCUGGUGUGCUGAGUCCAUUCGGAGAAGAAGCGGUAUCGUCGAGAGAAACAGCAAUCUGGUUAACAAAGAGUCUGAUAUCGUCGCAGAAAUCAAACGACGGACCUUAGUAUCCUAAAGAGUUUUCAAUACGCUUUUGUUUGUUCGAUCGAAAGAUUAACAAUUUGAAGUUGAAACAAUUCAU